AACUGUGUUUCGCGAAGAUAGUGCAUCGAGAACCCGUCCGUUCCAAAUAAUACUUGACCUGACCAUCAGUGCACACUACACCACUUUUCGUUAUCGCACCUAUCCGCCGUGCGGGCGGGAUCGGGCCGUUACCGGUUACCUUCAAUCGACUUUGGUGGCAUAUCGAAGUUGGUCAUGGAAUUUAACGACCUACAUCCUACGGACGAUUACAGUCACAGAUUUUUCAUCUGGUACGAGUGGAUUCAAGCGAAUGGACCUCUCACAACAGAGAAUGUGUUCGAUUAUUUCGCAGCCUCUAUGUUCUACGAUAAACAGAGUAACAACCAAGUUUUGAGGAUGCAAACGAUGCAUACCGGCGUGCCAAUACUGAACGAAGCUGAGGAACUCAAGCGAUUUACAGGUGUAGAGUUCGCUCUGGUACAUGCACAACCGCCAUCCUUGUUCAUCAUACAUAAACGAGAAAGAUUGUCUCCACAGGAGGUUCGUCCCCUGGCGGCGUAUUUUGUCAUCAACAACCGCAUCUAUCAAUCACCGGACGUCUACACACUGCUAUCCAAUCGCUUGUUGGCGUCGUUGAGUUCACUUCGAUUCUCUCUCGACACUCUCCGUAAGUACAGGCCUAACUACACCCCUCGUACCGGUUUCGUCUGGCCCAUAGUCGAUACAUCCUCGGCGGAAAAUGUCGGCAAAAAGCCUUCGGGAGAAGAAGUGCUCUCUGGCACUCGCGGAACUGGCGAAUCGACACCGUCACAGCUCGACAAGCAAAGAACUGGCGGUAGUGCAGGUACCAACGUCACGAAGAAACAGGAAUAUAAUAUGCUCAUGAUGAAUGCGAUGAAGACGACCGCACUGCACUCGACGCUCACGUUCGUGGCACCACGCUCGCUGGUGCCAGAUAUUGAGAGCAACCCUCCUGAAUCUGUUGUCCCUGGGACCAGUCGACGGACUUCCGUCACGCCUGCGCCCGCUGGGCGGGGCACCACACCCAGACCUUCUUCUUCGAAUGCUUCUACGCCGCAAGAUACCACGGGCGCGAAGAGUUCUGCAGGCGCUGGUAAGAAGAAGAAGAAACGUGCCUCGCUAGCAUCAUAAGUGAUUGCUUUCCUGAACGCUGCUCGAGAUAGUACAUGUGAAGGAACUUUGGGCAAGAAAUUGUGUAGUAGUUAUUCAAGUGAAACCGAUGAUGAUAAU